GACGCCCCUGAGCAAAGUACACAGUCAUCACCCCUGUUCCUAUUUCCCCAGUACUCUGUCAUCAUCCAGCCAUUUACCAUAUCACUCUUUCUGGAGGAUCUUAAGGAGAGGGUUAGGAGCAGAGAAUGUUUGUGACCGUGUUCCUGCUUCUGGUCGCCCUCUGUGCCCACAAAGGAAACGGCCUGGAGAAGGAAGCAGGCCGCGGACCCGGCCAUGUCUCCGUCAUCAUCGUGGGAGGCACGGGGGACCUGGCAAAGAAGUACCUGUGGCAGGGCUUCUUCCAGCUCUACCUGCACCAUGCAGGCGCAGGAAACACCUUCUCCUUUUACGGCGGAGGACUGUCGCCGGCUGAAAAGGCCACGCCGGUGCUCUUUGAAAUCCUGAAGACAGUUUCCUGCUCCAAGGACGUGUCCCAGGAGCGCUGCGCCCUGCUGAAGGAGCAGUUCUUGCGCCUCUCGCAGUAUCGGCAGCUGAAGACUCUGGAGGACUAUCAGGAGCUCGCCAAGCAGAUGGAGGAGCAGCUCCAGCAGGAGGAGAUGGUGGAGGCAGGUCGGCUGUUCUACCUGUCCGUUCCAGCUUUUGCAUACGCAGACAUCGCUGAGAAGAUCAACAGCAGCUGCAGACCAACCAGUGGCGCCUGGCUGAGGGUGGUGCUGGAGAAGCCUUUUGGCCACGACUACAGGAGCGCCCAGGUGCUCUCAACACAACUCAGGAACUCACUGAAGGAAGAAGAAAUGUAUAGAAUCGACCACUACCUGGGGAAGCAGGUGGUGUCAAAGAUUCUUCCAUUCAGAAAAGAGAACCAACGGUUUCUGGAGCCCAUCUGGAACCGGCACCACAUUGAACGAAUUGAGAUUGUUCUGAAGGAGACUCUUGAUGUUAAAGGGCGAAUUCCCUUCUACGACCAGUACGGCGUGAUCAGGGAUGUACUGCAGAACCACCUGACCGAGGUCAUGAUGCUGCUGACCAUGAAGCUUCCUCAGAACCUCAGCAGCAGUGACGAGGUCCUUCAGAACAAGUUGGAGAUGCUGAAUUCCCUGCUGCCUUUAGGGAAGAAUCAGGCUGUGGUUGGACAGUACCAAGCUUACAAAGAGGAGGUUCAGAAGGAGCUCAACCAGACCAAAGACAGAGUCAGCCACACACCAACAUUUGCAGCUGUUGUGGCCCACAUCCAUGAGGCCCAAUAUGAAGGCGUCCCAAUCCUUCUGAUUUCUGGCAAGAUGCUGGAUGAACGGGUGGGAUACGCACGGGUACUUUUUAAGAACGACGUCUUUUGCCUCCAGAACCACAACAACGUCCACUGCAAGCCCAAGCAGAUAGUUUUCUACUUUGGGCACGGCAGCCUGGGAUACCCAGCUGUCCUGGUGAGCAAGAACUUGUUCAGGCCCGCUGGAACGGACGCUCACUGGAAAGAAGUGACCGAGCACAAAGAUGCGGCGGUUUUGGGCCUUCCCGUGUCAGAGUACAACGUUCAAGUCCCCGCUGAAGACAAGGAGGCGUACGCAGAACUGAUCUCCCACAUCUUUGCUGGACAGAAGAACUCCUUCGUCAGCACAGAAAUCCUCUUGGCCUCUUGGGCCUUAUGGACUCCUCUCCUGAACAGCCUCAGUGGCAUUUUUCCCCGAAUCUAUCCCGGUGGUUCAGACAACGGGGACAUGCUAGAUGUUCAUCUGAAGGGGAAAGAGAUCAAGUACAACAGUGAGGUGGUGAUAAUCAGCCCUGAUGAGAUGGGAGGAACGUCCCCCAGCAGCUAUCAGGUGAUGAAAGGCAAGUUUCGCAGCGCUGAAAUGGUUUCUGCCUGGACUGAAGACCUCAUCGAGAGGUUGGCUGCAGACAUGCAGGAUGCGGCAGAAGCAGCCGUGCACCAGGGCGGCGUUUUCCACCUCGCGCUCUCGGGUGGCGCCACUCCUCUGGCUCUGUUCCACAGAUUAGCCUUGUACCACUUCUCCUUCCCGUGGAGGGAGACCCAUGUGUGGAUGGUGGAUGAAAGGUGCGUGCCGCCCACAGAGCAGGACUCCAACUUCCACAACUUGCACGAGCAUCUCCUGCAGCACAUCAAGAUACCUUAUCACAACAUCCACCCCAUGCCGGUGCAGCUCAACCAGCGCCUCUGCGUGGAGGAGGACGGCGGAGCGCUGCUGUAUGAAGAGGAGCUCAAGAAGCUGGUCAAUGACUCCAGCUUGCACUUCAUACUGCUGGGCGUCGGCUACGACGGCCACACGGCCUCCCUGUUUCCUGGUGGCAAACUGGACCCCCUGGGAAAGAGCCUGGUGGCUCUCACAGAGAGCCCCACUAAGCCUCACCAGCGCAUGACCCUCACUCUCAGCGCCAUAAACCGAGCACACAGGGUUGCUGUGUUGGUGAUGGGCAAAGGCAAGCAUGAGCUGGUCACCCAGCUGAGCCGAACCACAGAAAACCUGAACAGGUAUCCCGUCACCGGCGUGAAACCUGCUAACGGAAGCCUUGCUUGGUAUAUUGACUAUGAUGCACUUUUGGGGUAGAAAGCUGCAAGUUUCCUCAUUUUGAGCCAUCAAAUGCCUUUGCAGCUGGUUUGUGGGUAAAAAAAAAAAAAAAAAGCAGAAAGGACCAGUAUUUUCUAUACUAAAGCUCAAUAACAACAAAAAAAAAAUCACAAGUCAACCGAUGACAGAACAUGCUGUUAUAUUAAUGUAUGAAUAUUCUUGACAGAGUUCAUGUGGCUGAACUGGAACGAACACAGAACGGUUUGUGGAGUCAUCCUUCAAAAAAGACAGCUCUUGAUCUCUCUGCUGAUGCUUUGCUAAUGGAUUUGGAGUUCUGCAAUACAAAAAGGCUUCAGUGAGACCAGAAGCUGCAGCGCUGUGGUGAGAAGAUCCCGCUGGUGGCUUUUAAACACAUGACAUCAAGACGAAUCAUCAUUUCACUACUUUUUCUACAAAUGCAGAGACAGACUUUCACUCUAUGAAGUCCGAUGAAGACAAUUUAUGAUGAAUACAUGAUUCCAGUGUUUGCAGAGUGUGUUUGUUUGAGACAUGGAGUGUUGAAAACCUCUUAUUUUCUUAAAAACUUCCAGUUUGAUCUAAAUUGGGCCAUACUCCCUCUCAGGUAUAUCUGCUGAUACUGUAGCCAUUUCCCUGUGAAAUUUGAAGUUUGUAUGUUUCUCUUUUCUCAAUAACAAUUACCCUAUUUUUUUCCUGUGUGUUUGUGUAAAAUAUAUAUUUUGUAUCCAAAAUGAAUCAUUGUUAUAGAUUAUGAGGUGAACACGAAUAACAUUGUUUCAUUUUGGUGCUUUUUUAUUUUUUAAGUUCAUGUUUGAUCCAUCAAAGAGCAGAUCAUCUAGAUCUAAAUGUUCUAGAUGGAUCUGGUUGCUUUUCAUUGAGCUGUUUGCAAUAUUUUAUAGGUUGAAGACCUUUAAAUAAAAAUGUGAUCAUGUUGAACUUCA